ACGCCCAUGCCGUAACCUCAAACUUUCGGUUGCUGUACAUUGUGAACAUAUCAUGCAGCUGAAUCAUUAAUACAGUAUAGUAUACUCAUGUUUACGAAGGAUUGGUCUCAGAUCAGUCUCUGUCAAGAAUGGCCGGGUUCAGUGUGCUGGUGUGCGCGAUUGUUGCAGGUCUGUGCAGUGCUGGUCCUUUAAUACUACCGCAGAGGCACGAGAACAACCGACCGAUCAUAGGUAUUUUGGCUCAAGAUGUUACUGAUGCUGAUCUGAAAAAGUUUGGAAAUACUUUCAUCCCGGCAUCUUACGUGUCAUACAUCGAGUCUGGAGGUGCUAGAGUUAUGCCAAUCAAGCUAAACCAGAGUUUUGCAGAGCAUGAAAAAAUCUUCAGGUCAAUAAAUGGUCUUCUUCUCAUCGGGGGCUCGGCGAACCUGCAGACAUCAGACUUCGCCCGCAUUGCUAGAUUUUACUUCAGCCUUGCCAUCAAAGCAAAUGAUGAGGGCGACACCUUUCCCAUAUGGGGAACAUGUCUGGGGUUACAGCUCCUCACUGUGUUGGUGGCUGGAGAAAACCUAUUGAGUAGCACAACAGCAGAAAACGUCACAUAUCCACUAAACUUCACUGCAGAGGCUCAAUCCAGUCGCAUGUUUAGCAACUUUCCAUCUGAUGUCCGUAAAGCUUUGUCUCAGGAACCACUCACUGCAAAUUUCCACCAUUAUGGAGUGACGAAAGAGGUAUUCAUGGGUAAUAAAAAAUUAAAUGACUUCUUCUCGAUUCUGUCCACAAAUGUUGCAGAAAACGGAUAUGUCUUUGUUUCUACUAUUGAAGGCAGGAAAUAUCCUGUUUAUGGUGUACAGUGGCACCCAGAAGUAAACCGUUUCCAGUGGAAUCCUUCUUACAAUUUUCCACAUUCAAGCAAUGCUGUGCGCGUGUCAUCUCUACUGUCUGAAUUCUUUGUAAAUGAAGGAAGGGAAAGCCUCCACCACUUCAGUGAUGUAGUAGAAGAGAACAGAGCUCUUAUAUACAACUACAAGCCUGUUUAUGUGGGAGAUAUUUCUGGAUAUGAACAGUGUUAUUUCUUCUGAGAGACACGGCAUAAUGCAAGAUGCCAGGAAAACUAAAAAGAUAAACAAAUAACAAACCUUUCAGUAUUCAAAUUUUGUGUGUUAAGUUAAGAUAUUUCAAGAUUAUCAAGAUGGUUACAUGCUUAAUUUGUUUGAGAGGAUAAAUAUUGCAGUUAAUUGUCACUGAACAUACAAGAUACAUUAUGCUUAUUAACCAGAAGAGGGCAAUAUUUGGUUUUGUGAGACCAGACAAGACAUAAUUUUCUUGUUUUCUAAAAUAAUGUUAUACAUAAUACAUGUGUUACGUGUGUGUGUACCUGGUAAUUAUCACGUUGUGGGGCCCAAUUGUCCCCACAAAGAUAGGAAUUCCAGUAAAUUUGUGACCUUGGGGACAUUUUGAGGUCCCCAUGAGGAAACAAGCUUAUAAAUCAAAGUGUGUGUGUGUGUGUGUAAUUUACAUUUAUUAAAUAGCUUGUUUGUGUAUGUGUAAUUGCAGAACAAAUUAAGUGUUGAACUUAGCAUGCAACUCAAACUUACUGUAUUACAUUUGUUUACAUCUCAGUGAAACAAAAAAUCAUUGAAUUAAAGGUGCAUUGUGUAACUUCUAA